GAAGAACUAGAAAAAUAGAAAAACCCACUUUCCAUUGCCUUUCAAUAGUAAAUAAUAUAUAAUGCUUCCAAAAUCCUCAUCUUAGGCUAUUAAACCACGCAUCUCUUCCACCACAAACAGAUAUUCUCAUUUCUGUUUCUCUUGAUUUCUUUUCGCUGUUCUUCAAUUUCAGCUGGGUUCCAUUUUGUUAUUUCCAUGGCUCUGAAUUUGCCGUCUCCAGCUGAAGUGAAGUCCGUUUUCUUCUCCGAUUCCUUCAAGUCUAGCAGACUUGCAAACCUUCCAGGUGGUUUUGCUUUAAAGAGAAAAGGUUGUGGAACCAAAGUUGGAAGUAGAAUUCAUUGCUCUGUGAACACAACGCCUCCUGCUUGGCCAGGACGAGCGGUUCCAGAGGCGGUUCGCAAGACUUGGGAGGGGCCAAAACCCAUCUCUAUCGUGGGCUCCACUGGUUCUAUUGGAACUCAGACUCUGGAUAUCGUGGCUGAGAAUCCAGAUAAAUUUAAAGUUGUGGCGCUUGCAGCUGGCUCAAACAUCACCCUUCUUGCAGAUCAGGUGAAGACUUUCAAGCCUCAGCUCGUUGCUGUUAGAAACGAGUCUCUUAUUAAUGAACUCAAAGAGGCUUUGGCUGAUCUUGAAACAAAACCUGAGAUUAUCCCUGGAGAAGAAGGAACCAUUGAGGUUGCACGUCACCCUGAUGCAGUGUCUGUUGUUACGGGAAUAGUAGGUUGUGCAGGACUGAAGCCAACAGUUGCUGCAAUUGAGGCAGGGAAGGACAUAGCUUUGGCCAACAAAGAGACGCUGAUUGCUGGAGGUCCUUUUGUUCUUCCCCUUGCUCACAAGCAUAACAUUAAAAUUCUUCCUGCUGAUUCAGAACAUUCGGCCAUUUUUCAGUGUAUCCAGGGCUUGCCGGAUGGUGCACUUAGGAGAAUCAUUUUAACAGCAUCUGGAGGUGCUUUCAGGGAUUUGGCUGUUGAAAAACUGAAAGAUGUAAAAGUCGCUGAUGCAUUAAAGCACCCCAACUGGAAUAUGGGGAAAAAGAUUACUGUGGAUUCUGCUACCCUAUUCAACAAGGGCCUAGAAGUAAUUGAAGCACAUUACUUGUUUGGAGUUGACUAUGAUAAUAUUGAGAUUGUCAUUCAUCCACAAUCUAUCAUACACUCAAUGAUCGAAACUCAGGAUUCAUCGGUUCUGGCACAGUUGGGGUGGCCUGAUAUGCGCUUGCCUAUUCUCUAUACAAUGUCUUGGCCAGACAGAAUUUAUUGCUCUGAAGUAACAUGGCCUCGUCUUGACCUGUGCAAGCUUGGUUCUUUAACAUUUAAAGCUCCUGACAAUAAGAAGUAUCCAUCCAUGAAUCUUGCCUAUGCUGCUGGUCGAGCUGGAGGCACCAUGACAGGAGUUCUCAGUGCAGCCAAUGAGAAAGCUGUAGAGAUGUUUAUUGAUGAAAAAAUUGGCUAUCUGGAUAUUUUCAAAGUUGUGGAGCUGACAUGCGAGGAACAUCAGAAGGAGUUGGUUACCUCUCCUUCUUUGGAAGAGAUUAUUCACUAUGAUUUGUGGGCCCGAGAAUACGCUGCUAGUUUACAGAGCCCUUCGAAAAUGACUCCCAUUCCAGCAUGACGAUGACUCUGCAUUGAAUAGCUGGGAGAUUUAAUGGCCUCCUCCUUACUUCUCCCUUGCUUCUUCAUUAUUUUUGUUGGCAUACCCUAUGUAGAAUUGUUGCACAUGUCAAAAGCUUUUUGCCAGAAAUGGCUUCCGAAAAUGCAUCUCAGCUCAUUCCCCAGUUCAAUAAUGAGAAGGUUUUGUUUAAUGGAAUGCUAUAUCUCACAAUGACAAGGACAAAAGAAGCUAACGAAAGCAAAAGGUUCAAUUGAAA